CUGGUGUGCAAGAGGAAGCUGGAGAGUAAGAAGGAGGCGCUGCUCAUCCUGUCCAAGGAGCUGGACACCUGCCAGCAGGAGCGGGACCAGUUCAAGCUCAUGGCCAACCAGCUGCGGGAACGCCACCAGUCCCUGAAGAAGAAGUACCGAGAGCUGAUCGAUGGAGAUCCAUCCCUUCCCUCUGAAAAGAGGAAACAGGCCAAUCUUGCACAACUUUUGAGAGAUUCUCAGGAACGAAAUAAACAUCUGGGAGAAGAAAUGAAAGAACUUCAGCAAAGGCUUGCAGAAGUCCAGGGCGACAAUAAGCUCUUGAGGAUGACGAUUGCUAAGCAAAGGCUCGGGGAUGAAGAAAUCGGUGUGCGGCACUUUGCAGCCCACGAGAGGGAAGACUUGGUCCAGCAGCUGGAGCAGGCAAAGGAACAGAUUGAGUCUUUGGAGCAUGACCUGCAGGCCUCUGUGGAUGAGCUUCAGGACGUCAAGGAAGAGCGGGCCUCCUACCAGGACAAAGUGGACCGGUUGAACCAGGAGCUCAACCACAUCCUGGGCGGCCAUGAGAAUCGCAUCAUCGACGUGGAUGCCCUGUGUAUGGAGAACAGGUACCUUCAAGAGAGAUUAAAACAACUCCACGAAGAGGUCAACCUCUUGAAAUCGAACAUUGCCAAAUACAAGAAUGCUCUUGAGAGACGGAAAACCUCAAAGGGCCAGGGCAAAUCCAGCAGCAGUGCUCUGACUGGAGUCCUGUCUGCAAAGCAAGUUCAGGAUCUGCUCUCUGAGGAUCAUGGGUGCAGUCUCCCGGCUACUCCGCAGUCCAUCUCGGACCUGAAAUCUCUGGCAACUGCCCUGCUGGAGACGAUCCACGAGAAAAACAUGGUCAUUCAGCACCAGAGGCAAACCAACAAAAUCCUAGGGAAUCGGGUAGCUGAGUUGGAAAAAAAAUUAAGAACUCUGGAAGUUUCUGGUUUGUGGAGUCUUCCAGGCCUGAGCUACAAUGUUUCCAUAGGAUUUGGCCGGGGUAAGGAUACCAUACUGUUCCGUGAACCUGCUCUUUCCACCACACCAAGGUCGAGAUCCCCACUGCUGAAGUGUGUUGAGCAGCCCACAGAGAACCAACCAAGUCCCAAGGAUGGGGAGGAUCAGCAGCAGGAAGGAGAUGAAAGACCUGUUGCCGCCGAGGCGUUGACAGCGCCUGAGGAUGCCGGGAGGCCCGCUGUCAGCUCCCCAGCAAACCUGAGCCACAGGAGCCAGCGUGAGCACUUUCAUCCUUCACUACCCCGGCUACCUUCUGAAGAGGAAGAAGUAAACAGGCUGGGAAGGGAAAUAAUUAAACUGACAACAGAGCAGGCGGCCGCAGAACCGGAAGGGGUCAGGAGAGGGAGUCCCUUGGAGGGAUGGAGGAGCCUGUCCACCGUGGGCCUGGCCUUCAAGGUGGAGCUCCCCAAACCCCUCCUGGACAGCUUAGAGCCGGCCCAGCCAUCCACUGAAGCGGCUGUACUGGAAGAUGGGAAAGGAAUCUCAGAGAGUGUGGACACAAGCGUGCAAACAUGAAGGGGAACAGAGUCCAAUACAGUGACACUUUGCAGGCACCAGGGACAGCAAGAAAAGUAUGAAGCGUCAGAAUACCCGCACAGGUUGCCUUUUCCUAAAACACCUCAGCCUCUGUGAGUGAGGAAUGGCUUGGAUCCUGUCGCAAACUGUGAACAUCCCGACGAUGCCUGUGGGGUGUGAUUUAUUAAACGCGGGUCCUCAAGUUUCUCAGGUGUCAUCUCUUACUGCUGAGGAUGCGCUGCUGUGAACAGGGCCAGGCUGCCAUAUGGCUGGUCUUUGGCAUCCGUCUUUCUGUCAGCAUUGGUUUUAUUAGAGAUGAGAUGCUUUUCUAUUAGCAUUGAAUGUUGUUGAUCAAAAUUAUGGGAAGAGCUGGAAAUGGAUGGAUUUUCAAGUCUGGUCUGGUAGUGGGGAGGCGGCUGGAGAGAAAGGUGUAAUGGGGCGCAGUGUGUCUGCUGGGCCGUGGACCUCCCAUGGGUGUUCCUGGCCUCCCGCCACCAGCACUGACUGUCAAGGAGCCAAGUGGUGGGUGGAAAGGGACUUGAGAAAGUUGGGCUUCUGGUCGGACAGCCAUAGCUCCUGUUCAGGCCUGUUUGCAAUCUGCUAGAGCUUAGUCUUGUAGCCUGAAAAUCUGGGGGAUUAAUUGAUCAGAAGUGGUAGAAGAGGAGGGUCUGGAAGGACAGCGGGGACUCCCAGUGGUGAUCUGACUCUUUGCUUCUGAGAAGAGAUGACAGCUAGAAGUAGAAAUGCUUGUUUGGUUUAUUCCACCUGUGCUACCUGUAGGAUUUUUGAGGCCAUUUUGGGUUUGGGAAAGAGCAGGCUGUAUGGUGUCAGUCUACUGUCCUGUACCAUCCAGACCUUGAACCCUUGAGUCCUUCCACAGAAUGCGCAGCUGAGUCCUCAGUGCUACCAGGCACUGGAGUUUGAAAGACAAGACACAGAGCUCAUGGCCCUGGGAGGGAAAGAGAAGAAAACAAAAUGACCUCAUCCAGCUCAGUAUGAGGAGGGGACCAUGGGACCCAGGACGAGGUCCAAGGGUAAGACAGGAGGGACAGACCAUCACUACCUGGUUUUCUAGGGCCGAGAUUUAGCAGUUCUGUGCAGUGUCUGAGGCUGCAGGAAACUGCAGUGCCAUCCAGCCAUGGACUUUAUGAGCUGGACCCUGUUCAUUUCUCCCAGAGAGCCUGGUACCAGAUCCCACUGCUCAGAUCACCUCAGAGAAACAGUGUCGGGUCACAUCAGAUUGCAGACACCUUCCUGGUGGAAAAGAAAGGCUCCUGGGGCAGCAGAGGUUAGACAUUCACCCUUAAAGCUGACAUGCAUACAGGUUCGCCGCCCUGGGUGGGAGGCCAGCCGGCACUCCACUUUCCUGCCAGGUCGCAUCUCUGGUGACGCCACUGGCAGACAUCACAGUGCCUGCUCAGGUGCACACUGCUCCUUUCUCCUGGCUCCCCAAAGGCCGCUGGCCUGGAAGAACAGGAGCGCAGUGGAGCCGGUGCCCUGUUGCUUUGGGGUGUGAGGACACACAUGCGACCCCAGGACCCAGGACUCCACUCAUCCUCCUCCUUUCCACUGAGCCCCCAUCAUGGCCCCUACUGGCAGCUCACUUCUGCAGCUGUGGGCCUCAACCAGUCCAGCGCUCACAGAAGUAGCCGUCCCGCUGGACGGGGCCUGCAGAUACUCAAUGCUACGGCACAGAACAACCAAAGGAAACAGCCAAACAACCCAGGAAUCACACAAAGUAAAAACUCUCAACCUACUCGCACUCUGGUUUGCCACACAGUCAGCCAGAGGUGCCUCUGCAGGGCCUGAUGAUCAUUCUCUGGAAAGUGGGGCUUGUAAUAAAGCCCAACGGAGGCCAUGAAGGCCAGGGAAACAGUCCCAGAGAGUCUGGGCUUUGGGAAGCUGGGGUGAGAGGAGCUGCGGCUUUAACUGUGUGUGCCGUCAGUCUGGAUGGCUCUAUGAGAUGGAAUGGGAGACAGAUUUGAUCUUGUCACUUAGGUUACCAUGGCGACCCUGUUUUCACGUGUGACACUGUCAUCCCUCUGUAUCCCCACCACGUGUGUUUUUUUCCAUAGACAUUAAAGGGAGAUUUGGCAAUUACUCUUGG